GGUGCUUCCGCAGGAAGAAGGAAGCGGCGCCACCGUCGCCUCCCGGCGCUCCCUCCCCACCCCCCAGGUCCGCCAGCCGCCACCAUGUCCGCCUCGGCUGUCUUCAUCCUCGACGUCAAGGGCAAGCCCCUGAUCAGCCGCAACUACAAGGGUGAUGUGGCCAUGAGUGAGAUCGAUCACUUCAUGCCUUUGCUAAUGCAGCGGGAGGAGGAAGGCGCGCUGACCCCACUACUGAGUCACGGACGGGUCCACUUCCUGUGGAUCAAAUACAGCAACCUCUACUUGGUGGCCACCACACUGAAGAAUGCCAACGCCUCCCUGGUGUAUUCCUUCCUCUACAAGAUAGUGGAGGUAUUCUCCGAAUACUUCAAGGAGCUGGAGGAGGAGAGCAUCCGAGACAACUUUGUCAUCGUCUACGAACUGCUGGAUGAGCUUAUGGACUUCGGCUUCCCACAGACCACAGACAGCAAAAUCCUGCAGGAGUACAUCACGCAGCAGGGCAACAAGCUGGAGACGGGCAAGUCACGAGUGCCACCCACUGUCACCAAUGCUGUGUCCUGGCGCUCGGAGGGCAUUAAGUACAAGAAGAAUGAGGUCUUCAUCGAUGUCAUAGAGUCCGUUAACCUGCUGGUCAAUGCCAACGGCAGUGUCCUGCUGAGUGAGAUCGUGGGCACUAUCAAGCUCAAGGUGUUUCUGUCGGGAAUGCCAGAGCUGCGGCUGGGCCUCAAUGACCGUGUACUCUUCGAGCUCACUGGCCUUUCAGGGAGCAAGAACAAGUCUGUGGAGCUGGAGGAUGUGAAAUUCCACCAGUGUGUGCGGCUCUCUCGUUUUGACAAUGACCGCACCAUCUCCUUCAUCCCACCUGACGGUGACUUUGAGCUCAUGUCCUACCGCCUUAGCACCCAGGUCAAGCCGCUGAUCUGGAUCGAAUCUGUCAUUGAGAAAUUCUCACACAGCCGCGUGGAGAUCAUGGUCAAGGCCAAGGGGCAAUUUAAAAAGCAGUCGGUGGCUAACGGUGUAGAGAUAUCUGUGCCCGUACCCAGCGAUGCCGACUCCCCUCGCUUCAAGACCAGUGUGGGCAGCGCCAAGUAUGUGCCAGAGAAGAACAUGGUUAUUUGGAGCAUCAAGUCUUUCCCGGGGGGCAAGGAGUACCUGAUGCGUGCCCACUUUGGCCUCCCCAGCGUGGAGAAGGAGGAAGUAGAGGGCCGGCCCCCCAUUGGGGUGAAGUUUGAGAUUCCCUAUUUCACUGUCUCCGGGAUCCAGGUCCGAUACAUGAAGAUCAUUGAGAAGAGCGGUUACCAGGCCCUGCCCUGGGUCCGCUAUAUCACCCAGAGUGGCGAUUAUCAACUUCGUACCAGCUAGAAGGGAGAAGUGGGGGCUUGAACCUGGGCUGUCUUCUCCCCAGGCCCCAACUGCAGACUCCACUAGAGAAGGAGGGAAGAUGGGUGUGUGUGUGUGUGUGUGUGUGUGUGUGUUCGUGCAGCCCUUGAAUUAUUGGUUUGUUACUCCCAGCACCUGACUUGCUCCUUCCUUUUUCCCUUACUGGUAGGCUGGGAGUGAUAGUCUCCAGCUCUCAGACUCUAACCCCUCCCCCUCCUCCAAUUUUAUAUGAAGAAAUAGAAGAGGGGCUUGAAGUCCCCCUCAUGAGUGCCUUCUUGCAGUGACCUGCCUUAGGAGGUGUGGGGAGUCCCUCCUCCACAGCUGCUGAGCCCAGAGGCUCCGCUGGCCCAUUUCUGAGUUUUAGGAUGACAUUAAAAAGAUGAAUCUA